CACUGGACCUUGCGUUUGACCGGCUUCCAAUGAUGAGUUAUGCUGAAAAGCCUGAAGACAUCACAAAAGACGAGUGGAUGGACAAAUUAAACAACGUGCACAUUCAGAGGGCAGACAUGAAUCGUCUCAUUAUGAACUACCUGGUGACAGAAGGAUUCAAAGAGGCAGCAGAAAAGUUCCGUAUGGAGUCUGGUAUCGAGCCGAGUGUGGACCUGGACUCCCUGGAUGAAAGGAUAAAGAUUCGAGAGAUGAUCCUGAAGGGACAGAUCCAGGAAGCUAUUGCACUCAUUAACAGUCUACACCCGGAGCUGCUCGACACCAACCGAUACUUGUAUUUUCAUCUGCAGCAGCAACAUUUAAUUGAGCUAAUCAGGCUAAGGGAGACCGAGUCAGCUUUGGAGUUUGCCCAGACACAGCUGGCAGAGCAAGGGGAGGAGAGUCGCGAGUGUCUCUCAGAGAUGGAGAGAACACUUGCCCUUUUGGCCUUUGACAACCCAGAAGAGUCGCCCUUCGGAGACCUGCUGAACAUGAUGCAGCGGCAAAAGGUGUGGAGUGAGGUCAACCAAGCUGUGCUGGACCAUGAAAACAGAGAGUCCACUCCCAAACUGGCUAAACUCCUGAAGUUACUGCUGUGGGCACAGAACGAGCUGGACCAGAAGAAGGUGAAAUAUCCUAAAAUGACUGAUCUGAGUACGGGGACCAUUGAGGAUCCCAAGUGAACAAACAAACAAGGACGGAGUUUAUAACGAGUGUGUGUGACAACAACAGGUCUGUUGCACCUGGUUAGUGGUUAAACUGGCAUUCUUUAUCUUGGUUAAAGUUUGUCAUGACUGUUGCACGCAAACAGUGCCAUGUAUGUUGCCAUGGAGACAUUUUUUGAAGGGUUAAUACGCAUACUUAAUACACAUACUGUAUGUUCAAUCUAUGAGUGUUAUGAUUUUUCUUUUGUUUUAACAGUAUUCAAUUUUAUUUUAUGUGUAGCACUACAGUUACUGAUCUUUUUACAAUGUUGUAAAUAGAUGAUCUACAGUAAACAGAUCAGUAACAAUACAGUUACUGAAUCUUCCACCUCCCAAAAAAAAAAAAAUCUAUGCCUCCUAUCCUUAUCUGGAUCUGGUCUCCAAGGUAACAUCUGUGCUGCCGCUUUUGUGCAACCCAGUCACAACUACAUUCAGCCAUGAUAACCAAACCGACUUAAACCGCUGUCUAGGAUGUGUGCAACAGCAUAUUAUUUAUAAAUAAAUGCUAUGUUUUUUUUCAUUUGACCAGAGGGAAAGAUGAGAUUUCACUUACUGCAGAGACUGUAAAUCAUUGUAUUUGCAAAUUAACAUUUAAAUACCCCUCCCGGGUCCUAGGGGAAUUGUUGGAGUCAACAAAUACAAAUUUUGUAUAUUUUUGUUUCUUGAAGGCCUUGAGUGUGUAGUAUUUAUUGCAGGACAGUUGUCCGCACAUGACAUUAGUUUGCUGCAAAGCAAGUUGAUGUUAUAGAGUGAUACUGUGACGAGAGUAUAAAGUUGGGAGUUUACUUUUUUGUUUUUAACCAAAUACAUUUUUAGAUUGAGCCCCUUUGUGUGAUUUCACAAUGUAACUACUGUAUAUAUAUAUAUACAUAUAUAUAUAUAUAUAUAUAUAUAUAUAUAUAUAUAUACAUACACAUACAUACAUACACACUAUAUAUACAGUGGCUUGAAAAAGUAUUCAUACCCCUUGAACUUUCCCACAUUUUGUCACGUUCCGACCACAAACAUAAAUAUAUUUUAUUGGCAUUUUAGAUGAAAGAUCAACACAAAGCGACACACAAUUGCGAAGUAGAAGGAAAAUUGUACAUGACUUUUAAAUUUUAUUAAAAAUAAAAAACUGAAAAAUGUGGCGUGCGAAAGUAUUCAGCCCCCCCGUGUCAAUACUUGGUGGAACCACCUCUCGCUGAAAUUACAGCUGUAAGUCUUCUGGGGUAUGUCUCUACCAGCUUUGCACAUCUAGAGACUGGAAUUUUUGCAAGACAGCUCAAGCUCAGCAAGAUUAGAUGGAGAGCGUUUGUGAACACAGUUUUCAGAUCUUGCCACAGAUUCUCGAUUGGAUUUAGGUCUGGACUUUGACUGGGCCAUUCUAACACAGGAUUAUGUUUUGUUUUAAACCAUUCCAUUGUAGCUCUGGCUUUAUGUUUAGGGUCGUUGUCCUGCUGGAAGGUGAACCUCCGCCCCAUUCUCAAGUCUUUUGCAGAUUCCAGCAGGUUUUCUUCCAAGAUUGUCCUGUAUUUGGCUCCAUCCAUCUUCCCAUCAACUCUGACCAGCUUCCUUGUCCCUCCUGAAGAAAAGCAGCCCCAUAACAUGAUGCUGCCACCACCAUGUUUGACAGUGGGGAUGGUGUGUUGAGAGUGAUGUGCAGUGUUAGGUUUUCGCCACACAUAACGUUUUGCAUUUAGGCCAAAAAGUUCCACUUUGGUCUCAUCUGACCAGAGCACCUUCUUCCACACGUUUGCUGUGUCCCCCACAUGACUUCUUAUGGCUUUCUUUCAACAAUGGCUUUCUUCUUGCCACUCUUCCAUAAAGGCCAGAUUUGUGCAGUGCAUGACUAAUUGUUGUCCUAUGGACAGACUCCCCCACCUGAGCUGUGGAUCUCUGCAGCUCCUCCAGAGUUACCGUGGGCGUCUUGGCUGCAUCUCUGAUCAGUGCUCUCCUUCUUCGGCAUGUAAGUUUCGGUGGACGGCCAUGUCUUGGUAGGUUUGCAGUUGAGCCAUGCCCUUUCCAUUUCUUGAUGAUGGAUUGAACAGUGCUCCGUGAGAUGUUCAAAGCUUGGGAAAUCUUUUUAUAACCUAACCCUGCUUUAAUCUUCUCCACAACUUUAUCUCUUUAUCUUUCACUUGGAGGCCCGCUGGCUACUGGAAGUCCUGCAAGAGCUCCAUCAGACUAUGUACUCUUACAUUCAAAGUCCCCUUAAAGAAGGCGUCUCAUCCUCUGUAUGUUUCACGAGUGAUAUAGUCAGUCAGGAGACCUUGGAAUUGUCCUUACUCUCCGCCCCUGUAUGGCACCCCUGGCCACUAGCACUCAUCAUAAAUACGUAAAUUGAAACAUUUAUCAUUGAUCUAUGUGAUCGGUAUCGGCCAAUUUCACUCAUGUAUGAGCAGUAUCGGAAUCAGCAGCAUAAGACCCUGAUCGGAGCAUCCCUAAUAUAUACUGUGGUGUGAAAAAAUGUUUGCCCCCUUCCUGAUUUCUUAUUUUUUGCAUGUUUGUCACACUUAAAUGUUUCAGCUCAUCAGGCAAAUUUAAAUACUAGUUAAUGACAACACAACUGAAAACCAAAAUGUAGUUUUUAAAUGAAACUUUUUAUUGAGGGAGGGGAAAAAAACAAACCUACAUGGUCCUGUGUGAAAGUGAUUGCCCCCUAAACCUAAUAACUGGUUGGUCCACCCUUAGCAGCAACAACUGCAGUCAAGCGUUUGUGAUAACCUGCAAUGAGUCUCUUACAGCACUGUGGAGGAAUUUUGGCCCACUCAUCUUUGCAGAAUUGUUAUAAUUCAGCCACUUUGGAGGGUUUUUGAGCAUGAAUGGCCUUUUUGAGGUCAUGCCACGGCAUGUUAUUAUGAUUCAGGUCAGGACUUUGACUAGGACACUCCAAAGUCUUCAUUUUGUUUUUCUUGAUCCAUUCAGAGGUGGACUUGCUGGUGUGUUUUGGACCAUUGUCCUGCUGCAGAACCCAAGUUGGUUUCAGCUUGGGGUCACAAACAGAUGGACGGACAUUCUCCUUCAGGAUUUUUUGGUAGACAGCAGAAUUCAUGGUUCCAUUUAUCACAGCAAGACCUUCCAUUAAGUUAAACUCUUGUCUCGUCAGACCACAGAGUAUUUUCCCGAAGGUCUUGGGGAUCAUCAAGAUGUUUUCUGGCAAAAUUUUGCCGAACCUUAAUGUUGUUUUUGUUCAGCAGUGGUUUUCGUCUUGGAACUCUGCCAUGCAGGCUGUUUUUGCCCAGUGUCUUUCUUAUGGUGGAGUCAUGAACACUGACCUUAACUGAAGCAAGUGAGGCCUGCAGUUCUUUGGAUGUUUUUGUGGAGUCUUUUGUGGCCUCUUGGAUGAGUCGUUCCUGCGCUCUUGGGGUAAUUUUGGCUGGCCGGCCACUCCUGGGAAGGUAUACCACUGUUCCAGUUUUUUGCGUAAUGGCUCUCACUGUGGUUCUCUGGAGUCCCACAGCUUUAGAAAUGGCUUUAUAACCAUUUCCAGACUGAUCGAUCUCAAUCUCAGUUGUGUUUUCUGGGGGCAAUCACUUUUCCACAAAAGGCCAUGUAGGUUUGGAUUUUUUUUUCUCCUUUCAGAAUAAAAAGUUUUAUUUAAAAACUACAUUUUGUGUUGAAUUGUGUUGUCAUUGACUAAUAUUUAAAUUAGUUUGAUCAUAUGAAACAUUCAAGUGUGACAAACAUGCAAAUAAAUAAGAAAUCAGGAUGACGGCUAUAUAACAUUAUUUCACACCACUGUAUAUUACAUUUAAAUCGCUAAAUUUAAAUUUAGCAGUUAAUAUUUUCAAAUCUGAACUUGCCAUCCAUCAAUUGUUUCACUCUGACCGCAUGCAAGUGUCUCUUAAUCACUGCAGGAAGGACACUUUACUUUUAAAAUCAAAUCAACCUUGCUGCUACUUGUUCAUCUGUACAGGAAAACUGCACUUUUUUGGGAAUUUUGCUCAUUAUGUGAGACAUGAACACACAUCUUUUUUUGUGUGUGUGUUCUAAAGAUAUCAAUACAACUAAAAAGACUUAGCUAAGAAUUAAUGUAAUGGGAAACACUUAUUCCACAUAUAAAGCCCUCAGAAAAAACUCAAAUGUGACAUGCAUAUGAACCAAGUUAUAGUGGCAUUGUUAUUAUUAUUAUUAUUAUUAUUAGUGACAUUGUUACGCCGAUCGAAAUAGUUACUGGCGUAUUGACACCUUGCCACAUCACACCGGCUAGUUACUAGCCAGCUCGGGACUAGCUUCACCACACGCUUGCCCAUAGCGCGUCAGCGCCGCACUCUCAAUGCCUCAAAAAGGUAACGCUACAUACUGGAGCUGCCGCCACUUCUGCUGUGUUUCUAUUUUGGAGUUUAGAAAAGUUAACUAUAGGCGUAGCGUCUCUAUGUUGCUAUGUGAACUCAAUACGCCCAGGAAGGAGGUUCCAGUAAUGCUUAAAAGGACCAAAAUACGACUAAAUACUGUAAGUAUUACAUGUUAUCAUGAAUGUAUCUGUUACUACAUCCUAAUGUCUCACAUUAGGAUUGUGGAUCCAUCCAUUUUCUAUGCCGCUUCUCCUUAUUAGGGUCGCGGGGCCUAUCCCAGCUGACUUCGGGCGACAGGCGGGGUACACCCUGGACUGGUUGCCAGCCAAUCACAGGGCACAUAUAGACAAAGAACCAUUCACACUCACAUUCAUACCUAUGGACAAUUUCCAAAAGUCACCAAUUAACCUAACGUGCAUGUUUUUGGAAUGUGGGAGGACACCAGAGUACCCGGAGAAAACCCACGCAUGGGGAGAACAUGCAAACUCCACACAGAAAUGCCCAAGGGAAUCGAACCCAGGUCUUCCCGAUCUCCAGACAGUGACUGUGUGGCCAACAUGCUAACCACUAGACCACUGUGGGGGAAAUUUCCAAAAAAGUGCAGUUUUCCAUUAAGUUCUUUAAGGGUUUUGUUGUCUUUCUUGAGACUUGCACUGACAUAUUGAGACAUAGAGCGCUCACGUCCCUUUUAUUAUUCAACAUUUGUAAGAUCGGAUUUGCAAAUAUUAAAGUAAACACAACUUUUGUGAAACAUUUUUGUCUUGUCUUGUCAUUUUUAAAAUAAGAGUUUAGAUUUAACUGAGUAACAACACAAAAUACAAAACAAAACAACAGUAAUUUCACCUGUUAAAAUAUAUAUUUAUAAAAAUGUUACAUUUCUGAGGCCGAGCUUCACCUGUCAUGAUGAAAAAUACAAAAAAGUCAUAACAAAAUAAAUAUUUGUCCAUUGAACUGUAUUCUAAUUAUAUUUUGCGUAUGAUUCUAAUCAUUAACAUUUUCUUCAGUAAAAAUUGCUGAAUUUGCACAUUGCCUGGUCAAAUGCAGGGAAGAAACCUAAGGUGAGGCUGCUGCGAGCAUCUCUUUUCGGCCUACCGUCUGAGUGCACGCUGAGUUGGAUCACGGUCC